AUGGCUUCCUUCUUUGACCUAGCGGGCCGUAGGGCUGUUGCAGCCGCUGCACAGAAUUCCGCCGUCCCUUCAACGAAAGCAAAAGACCCUAAUAGACCAGUUCCUUGGGUUGAAAAAUACCGUCCUAAAAACCUUAACGAUGUCUCUGCUCAAGACCAUACUAUCUCUGUCCUCAAACGCACUCUACAAUCCUCUAAUCUUCCCCACAUGCUCUUCUACGGUCCCCCAGGUACCGGGAAAACUUCCACAGUCCUCGCUCUGGCAAAAGAGCUCUACGGGCCCGAAUUAAUGAAAAGCCGGGUCCUCGAACUUAACGCAUCCGAUGAGCGUGGUAUCUCUAUCGUCCGUGAGAAGGUCAAAAACUUCGCCCGGAUUACUGUUUCUACUGCUAGCUCCACCCAAUCCUCGAACUAUCCAUGCCCCCCUUACAAAAUCAUCAUCCUAGACGAAGCCGACUCAAUGACCCAGGAUGCCCAAUCCGCCCUUAGGCGAACCAUGGAGACGUACAGCAAGAUAACCAGAUUCUGCUUGAUCUGCAAUUACGUUACCAGGAUCAUUGAUCCGCUUGCCUCGAGAUGCUCCAAGUUCCGGUUCAAGCCGCUGGACGAGGAGAAUGCAAAGUUGAGGCUGGAGGAGAUUGCCAAGAUGGAGAAUGUGGAGUAUGAAGAUGGGGUCAUCGAUGCGCUGAUUAAGGUCUCCGAAGGGGAUUUAAGGAAGGCCAUUACCUACUUGCAGUCUGCGGCUAGACUGCAUAAUCCGAUCAUUCGGCCUAAGCCUAAGAAAAUCACUGUCAAGUCCAUCCAAGAAAUUGCGGGAGUAAUACCCGACCAGACAAUCGACAAACUAUUAGAAGCAUGUGAGCUUGAGAAGGGCAAAAGCGCGUACUCUGAGAUCUCGAGGCUAGUCCAGGACAUUGUUGCGGAUGGCUGGAGCGCCGGGCAAGUAGUCUUUCAGCUAUAUAACAAGCUCGUAUUCAACGACGAGGUCACCGCCGAACAGAAGAACGAUAUCGUCCUCAUCUUCUCUGAGGUGGAUAAGCGUUUGGUGGAUGGGUCCGAUGAGCAUUUACAGAUCUUGGAUCUUGCUUUGAGGAUUUCGGAGGUGUUGGCUAAGGGUUAG